AAACCGAAAGUGAAAGGCGCAGAACAAAUGGCGCGCUGUUCAGACUGCCGUGUGGCGUGUUACGGUUUUAUUUAACUCUCACAAACCAGGUUCUGUAUUGUAUGUGAUGUUCAAUAGUAGAGUUUUAUACGGCGACGUGUGUGAUGGCUGAGCCACACUUACCAGAAAUAUUCACUGACUUGACACUUCUCGUCGAUCCAGAAACUUUUGAGGAGCCACACGCACUUCUUAAAAAGACUGGCCUAAAAAUAGAGGAAAGAGGAUCACGUUUAAAGAUCAGUGGGACCUUUAAAGAUAUUGAAAAUACAUAUUUGGAAUUGCAAGGAACGUGCAAGGAGAGAAAAAAAUAUGAGAGCGUAUAUACGCACACCUCAAACAGUAUGAAUUCAGCUUCCAGUGAACCAGCUGAACCAGUUAAGGUCAACAGUGUCAUUAUGAGUUACAUUAUAGAAAAAUGCUCUGAGGAGCUUAACAAAAUAAAAAGACCUGAGGUAAGCAUGGAAUAUUAUAAGACGCAGGUGAUAUUUCGUCCACAGGACUCGGGACAUGGAACAGUCCUCGCUCAUUUGGCAAGAGAGCGCUUCGUUACCUUCUAUCAGAAGAUCGCUACGGAACUGCAGACUAGAUCAUAUAAUUUAGACGCAAACCAACUUCAGCCGUUGCUUGCAAAGUUUCCUGAGCUCAUAAUCAGCACUGGACAAAGUAAAACAGAUGAAAUAACCCUCACAGGGAGGUUCAUUAGUCUCGAAAGGUUUGAACAAUUCUUGAAAAGCCCUCUUAAAAUGUCUUCUCCAAGGAAAAUCAGCUACACUGUGGACACGAGGGCUACAGCCUCCAGCCAGGCGUUACAGAGUAAAACCCCUGACAAAGAGGGCAGAUGUUCCAUUUGUUUGGAAGACAUGGUUCAAUCACAAAUGAAGACACUGGAGAAAUGUAAGCACUCCUUCUGUACAGACUGUUUAAAGAGGGCUUUUGAAAUUAAACCUGUCUGCCCUACAUGUGGAGUUAUAUACGGGGCACUAAAGGGAACCCAACCAACAGGCAAAAUGAAAGUCACAUACGAUCAAUUCUCCCUACCGGGUUAUGAAAAAUAUGGAACAAUCACCAUUCACUACAUCAUUCCAGAUGGGAUACAGGGGAAUGAACACCCAAACCCAGGCCAGCCCUACCAUGGUGCUGUACGCCUGGCCUACUUACCAGACAGCACAGAGGGAAAGAAAGUUCUUCAACUCCUUAAACAAGCAUUUGAUCAAAGGUUAAUCUUCACAGUCGGACGCUCAUCAACCACGGGCAAGAGUAACGUUGUCACCUGGAAUGACAUUCAUCACAAGACAUCCUGUACUGGUGGGCCUACUGCUUACGGUUACCCAGAUCCUGACUAUCUGAAACGGGUCCAAGAGGAGCUGAAAGUGAAAGGAAUUUAUUGACACGUAAUAGUGACUGAUAUACAGCAUCCAUUUAAAUACCAGCAUAAUUAAUAUCUACACUAUUCCAUUAAACGUAGUGGAACCAUAUUGGUGAAUAUUUAAAUAUAAGGUUUAUGCACACCAGUUUAAGCAAAAUGUCUACACAUUCCUACACUAUAUAUAAAUGUAUUAAAUGUAUUAAUUACUAAAAUGCUAACCGUUGAUUAAUUACAGUAUUUCUUAUGUGAAAUUAAUACAAAUUGUACUCAGUCUAUCACAAAGCAUAUUAAACCAUUAACUGAUA